ACCCAUUAUCAAAUAGUAAUUUUUGCAAAAAAUUAUAAAAUCAAAUCAAAAAAUUAUAAAAUCAAAUUAUAAUAUAUAUAUAUAAUCAACACAUAUGUCAUUUAUAAUUUUUUGGUUUGAUUUUAUAAUUUUUUUACAAAAAUUUCUAUUUGAUAAUGGAUGAUGUGGCUGAUUUUUAGUGGCUGGACAAGGAAGGGACGACGAACAAGGGACAACAGAUCUCGGCUCUUUUGUAGACGUGUUGAUCAAUAUCUCACUUACACAUAAUUAUCAUUAUUGUCAAAAAUAUCUCAUGAACAAAUAAUUCAAAAUAACAAUAUAACAAUGCAUUCAAAAUCAACAUGUAGAUUAUACACGAAGUUAAAGUAUACAACUAAUGAUAUAACAAAUAAAUAAAUAUAAUAUUAUAUUUUACAUAACAUAUGAAUUUCUAUGAAAUUAAAACAUAUAUUAUAAUUGUUACCGCUUGAACACAACAAUAAAUUUAUUGAAUUAAAAUAUCAUCGUUAAGCUAUCUGAGUCUCUAAGAAAGAGAAUUGUCAAAGGACACAUGGACGUUUUAGCGCAAAAACUUUAAUAUUUAAGUCAAACAUUGAAAAUGAUAAAAACUUGAAGUCUGUAUUAAUAUUAGUAUUAAAGAUGUACUUUCUAUAAUGAGGGGCUAUUUAUAUAUAUAGAAGUGUAGAACAAUCUUAAAUAUCUAGAAUUAAGAUUUUUACAGAUAAUAUUUAUCUUAAUAUUUUAGAAUUUAGUAGAAUUAAAAUUUUUAUUGAUAAUGUUUAUCCCAAUAUUUUGAGGUCUUAUUAGGAUUAAUAUUUUUUUAGAUGAUGUUUAUUCUUUCGUAGAACCUUUGGAGGAAUUUUUGAAUACUAGAGUUAUUCAGUUUAUGAGUUAUGUGAGACUCUCCCGUUUACAAAAAAAUUUGUCUGGCAUUUUACUGCAUUCGGGGGAUAGAAAUAAUCUCCCGUCAUAAAUCCUUGGGAGACCAGUCUUCAGUUAUCGGGCAAUUGGGAGACUGUGGGUUUCUUGUCGUGUAGUUGUCGAGAGGUUAAGAGACAGUGUGUCUCUUGACUCGUCAUUACCUUGUUGUUGAGAGGUUGGGAGAUCCUGAGCCUCUCUUCCUUUUGUCACCUAGAGGGUUUUUGGGGGACUUAUUGGUCUCCAAGCUGCCUCUGUUUCUAGAGACAGACCAUGUUUUUCCAUAGGCCAUUGUUUUCUUGUUUAAGCCUAAUUGAUUUAUUUUAGGCUUUUUUUGAUUUUUUUUUAUAAAUUUUUGCUUAUGACAUGAUAAUAAUAAAAGCCACUUGUCUUUCUAGUACAAGAGAUAGAGUGCAUCCCAAUCCCAUUAUUUCAAAGUCAAUAACAAUGAUAACAUCACCAAUACCAAUUAAUAUAAAAUGAUAGGCAAAAAGCAUAAAAAUGCCCUCAAACUUUGUUCAAAAAGUCAUUUGGUCUCUUAAACUUUAGAUUGAACAUAUCAUACCCCUCAAUUCUUGAAUUUAGAACAAAUACACACCUGAUUUUAUAAUUGGUCGUGUGUGAGAUACACACAAAAACCAACCCCCUUUGCAAAUCAUUCUCUUUCAAACAACUCUUUUUGCAAAUUGAUCGUGAAGUUGCCAUCCACAACAUUGGUGGUCAUUGCCUCUCUGCAAAUUGCCUUCGCUCUCGCUCUCAUCUUUGUCGGCAGUUGUUGCCUCUCUCUCACUCUUUGUCAGUGGUCGUUAGCAGCUUGGAAGGCGAGCGGUUGGUAGCUCACUCAUCUUUCUUAUGCUAGUGGCUAGCAACGAUGUUGAUUUGGGUGGGGGGGGGUCGGGGAUAGCAACAGUGCUGGCGUGGGCGCGCAGAUUUGGCCGACAACGUGGGAGGCAAGUGGUCGGUUGAUCGCUCGCUUUCCUUGUGCUGGUGGCCGACGUAGGUGUCAAUCGGGAUUGGCGAUGGCAACGACGGUCCUAUGGUAUGGGCGGUUGUCUUUCUCGUUUUUCACCAGCAGGGGUGCAUCGUUGAAAGCUAUUGUUCACCUAUCAUUCUCCUUAUACGCGCGUGGUUUCACGCACUAAUUUCACACAAAUUUGAUGUUGAUGCUUGGAAUGAAAUUAAAAAGUGAGAUGUGUGUUUAUUUUAAAUUUAAAAAUUGAGAGGCAUGAUAGCUUCAAUCCAAAGUUGAAGGGGGGCUAAAUGACUGUUUGAGUAAAGUUUUGAGGAUAUAUUUAUGUCUUUUUGCCUAAAAUGAUAUUUAUAACUAUGAUUGAAAUGCCAUUAUUAAAAAAUAUAAAAAACUGUUGGGUUUGCGGGAAAGUUGGUUAAGAAACUGCCAAGGGCAAUGCAGUCCUUUGCAGGGUGAUAAAUGAAAAUAAGGACAAAACAGCUUUCUUGGAUUUAAUAUCAGCCGUCCGAUUACCAAUCAGAAAACAUGAUGGGGUGGAGUCGGUGGACCGUACAUUACAUUUUGAAGGUCGAGAAUGGUCGCCGCAAGAACCAUUGGGUUGCCGAGUGGGUCCCACAGGUCGUUGCACGGAGAGAGAGGGAGAGAGAGAGAGAGAGAAUAAGACUAGAGAGCGAGUCAGACGACGAUCUCGCCCUCAUAUCGGCCUAUAUCUAUGUUCCCCCGCAUUCCCAAUUACAGAUCUCACCUCUCUCUCUCUCUCUCUCUCGCUCGCUCGCAGAUAUCUCAUCUUUUGCUUCCCGGCUUCGCUUUCUGAUCCGCAGUCUAGAUAUGGAUUCCUUCCUUUUCACCUCAGAAUCUGUCAAUGAGGGCCACCCUGACAAGCUCUGUGACCAAGUCUCGGAUGCCAUCCUGGAUGCUUGCCUGGAACAAGAUCCAGACAGCAAGGUUGCUUGUGAGACCUGCACAAAAACUAACAUGGUCAUGGUCUUUGGCGAGAUCACAACUAAGGCUAAUGUAGAUUAUGAGAAGAUAGUUAGAGAUACAUGCAGAGGCAUUGGGUUCACAUCACCUGAUGUGGGCCUUGAUGCUGAUCACUGCAAGGUUCUUGUGAACAUUGAACAACAGAGCCCUGACAUUGCUCAGGGAGUUCAUGGUCAUCUAACCAAGAAGCCCGAGGAAAUUGGAGCGGGUGACCAGGGACACAUGUUUGGCUAUGCCACUGAUGAAACACCUGAACUUAUGCCUCUAACUCAUGUCCUUGCGACUCAGCUUGGCGCCAAGCUGACUGAGGUGAGGAAGAACAAGACUUGCCCCUGGCUAAGGCCUGACGGUAAGACCCAGGUGACUGUAGAGUAUCGGAAUGAAGGUGGAGCCAUGGUCCCUGUCAGGGUUCACACUGUUCUUAUCUCAACUCAACAUGACGAAACUGUCACAAAAGAGCAGAUUGCCAAGGAUUUGAAAGAGCAUGUAAUUAAACCUGUCAUCCCCGCCAAAUAUCUAGACGACAAUACCAUUUUCCACCUCAACCCAUCGGGUCGAUUUGUCAUUGGAGGACCGCACGGGGAUGCAGGACUUACUGGCAGGAAGAUUAUCAUCGACACCUAUGGUGGUUGGGGUGCUCAUGGUGGUGGUGCUUUCUCAGGGAAGGAUCCUACCAAGGUGGACAGGAGUGGUGCAUAUAUUGUUAGGCAAGCAGCCAAGAGCGUGGUGGCCUCAGGGCUUGCCCGCCGCUGCAUCGUGCAGGUUUCAUAUGCAAUUGGCGUGCCAGAACCAUUGUCUGUGUUUGUUGAUACCUACAAGACGGGGAAGAUUCCUGACAAAGACAUACUGGCUCUGAUCAAGGAAAACUUUGACUUCAGGCCAGGAAUGAUUUCAAUCAAUCUUGACCUCAAGCGAGGAGGCAACUUCAGGUUCCAGAAGACUGCUGCUUAUGGACAUUUCGGCCGUGACGACCCAGAUUUUACUUGGGAGACUGUCAAGAUCCUCAAGCCCAAAGCUUGAGUGAGUCAUCCAUCCCUCGCAUUA